AUGGCGCCGCCUCCGCCCGCUACCCCCACGCCCCAUCGAUUUCUUGUUCCCAAGCGGUCGCAACAGUCGCGCAAUAGCACACCCAAGGCGUUCCAGACAAGCAGCCACGGCCAGCAGUUCCAGGCCACGCCGCGCUUCUCACUGCACUCGACGCCGCGGGCCGGCCCGCCUUCGUCAUCGACGCCUGGGCCCGUCUUCCGGCAGCGCAACAGCAGCAGCAAGACGGCUGUUUCUGUUCAUGAUAUCGUUGACAGCUCACCGCCUUCAUUGGGAGAGGGAGAAGGAGAAGUCGAAGACGGGCUUGGUGAGGAUGGACGCUAUGGCGGUGCUGAUGUGGAUGUCAUUGAGGAAUCAUCUCCGCUGCAUGAGCCGGAGGGUGAUGGGAAUUAUGGUGCAAGCGACGACGUAGACGGUCUAGACACGCGGACGCCCAAGCGCCGGCGCGUCUCCUCUGCCUCGUCUGGUCUAGGCAUCGAGGAGUCGUCGCAGCUAGAAAGCGACCAGGAUAUCUUGAUGCGCGACGAUGAUGACGAGAACGACGCUCUCGACAUCGAGUCAUCUCUGCCAGAUCAUCCUGACCUCCCUGGUGGUGACGCCGAGCCCGAAGCAGACGACGACGACGACAUCGACACCACAACCCCCGACCCCCACCAUCAUCCUACAGAUGUAGCGACAGCCGCACCCGGAGCCGGUGGUCCCCACCAACCCACCUUCCACAAGGCGCCGCGUUUCAAACCCGCCGAGGCACCCGAGGCUUCCACGCGCGCCGAGCCCCUCCCCGACGUCUUCUCGCCGCACCGCAGGGGCGCUGCCAAGUACAUCCCCGGCGGCCUGGCAUCCGAGCUGCGCGACUGGCUUGUCGAUGUUGAGGCUGCCAAGGGGGCUGGGGCCGGUGGUCAUAGACGAGAGGGCGAGUUUGUCGCGAGGGUGCGUGUGGAGGAGGUGCGUAGUGCGCUGGCUGGGGGCGGGGGUAUGACGCUUGUUGUUGGGAGGGAUAUGCGUGACGAUGAUGAUGAUGAUCGCAGUGAGCAUAUGGGCCAAGGCAAAGAGGCGGGAGGCGAUACGGACGGUGCGAGGAGUGUGAGAUUCAUGCUGGCCGGACCGGGACGGCUUACGGGGCUGGCGAGGCGGAAUGAGGUCGGCCCCGGUGCGGUUGUGGGGAUUGGGCGGCCGACGUGGGAGGUCGAACUGCAGGAUCUGGGCCACUGGGCCGUGGCUUGUGAUUGGGUCGUGCUGUGA